UACCCUGCGACGGCCACCACCACCAUAGCCACUUUUUUUGUUCGUCCCUGUAUGUUCAAGAUUUCUCACAUCUCGGCCUCAUUAUUUGUUUAGAUCCGGAUUAGAGAAUCCGUAAGUGUUUGUGUUUAUUCCGGACUGUGCGUUCCGUAACAUGGAGGUGCAUGUCGAAAUUGGUGAGGUGCAGGAAGCAACGACCCCACUAUAAACGGGGUUAAGUCCAAUCAGAGAAGGCAAAGGCAUCAUCGGUGAUGGAAACUAUGCUCACAAGUGACAGAGUAGAAGCAAAAGAUUUUAAUUUUAGUAAUAACUAACAUAAUAAACUAGGUGAACGUAACUGCACAGACACAACUACUACAUAAAUCUUACCUUAAUUUCUCCGCCCACUUCCCUCCUAUAAAUAAAUCUUCCAUUCUCUCUCUUCAUUUCAUCUCCAUCUUUCUUGGGUGAUCCAAUGGCGACCCUUUUCCAGGGAUUGGGAGUUGUGAACCCAUCAUUGUCUUCUUCCAACUCCAACAACUUCCUGCUUCCUUCUCAGAGAAAAGAUGGCAUAUUUGUAGUCAGAUCUGAUGCAAGGGUAAGCAGCAAGGUUCUGAAGGCCGGAGCUCGCAAGCAUGAAUUGUUGGUUACUAAUGCAGUCGCAACAAAGGAAGGCAGUUCUGCGGCUUCUACAUCAAAAUCUGGGCAUGAACUUCUCCUUUUUGAGGCCCUACGUGAAGGUUUGGAAGAAGAAAUGGAGAGGGAUCCUUGUGUAUGUGUCAUGGGCGAAGAUGUAGGUCACUAUGGAGGAUCCUACAAGGUGACUAAAGGCCUUGCCACAAAGUUUGGGGACCUUAGAGUUUUGGACACACCUAUUGCUGAGAACUCCUUCACGGGCAUGGGCAUUGGGGCUGCCAUGACUGGUCUGAGGCCAGUUGUUGAGGGCAUGAACAUGGGAUUUCUACUUCUGGCAUUUAACCAGAUUUCUAACAAUUGUGGCAUGCUCCAUUACACUUCUGGAGGCCAGUUUAAGAUACCAAUUGUCAUUCGUGGACCUGGUGGAGUUGGGCGGCAACUUGGAGCAGAGCACUCGCAGCGAUUGGAGUCAUAUUUUCAGUCAAUCCCUGGAAUCCAGAUGGUGGCUUGCUCAACCCCUUACAAUGCCAAGGGCUUGAUGAAAGCUGCAAUCCGGAGUGAGAACCCUGUGAUUCUUUUCGAGCAUGUUUUGCUUUAUAACCUCAAGGAGAGAAUUCCAGAUGAAGAGUAUGUAUUGUCACUUGAAGAAGCUGAGAUGGUUAGGCCUGGGGAGCAUGUUACAAUAUUAACGUACUCCAGGAUGAGGUAUCAUGUCAUGCAAGCUGCUAAGACACUGGUGAACAAGGGGUAUGACCCUGAAGUAAUUGAUAUCAGGUCUUUGAAACCAUUCGAUCUUCACACAAUUGGGAACUCGGUGAAGAAGACACAUCGUGUGCUAAUUGUGGAAGAGUGUAUGAGGACGGGUGGAAUUGGGGCUAGUUUGACCGCUGCUAUUACUGAAAAUUUCCAUGACUAUUUGGAUGCCCCUAUAGUAUGUUUAUCCUCUCAGGAUGUGCCAACUCCUUAUGCUGGCACAUUGGAGGAAUGGACAGUGGUUCAACCUGCUCAAAUUGUGACUGCAGUUGAGCAACUCUGCAAGUGAUUGCUACAAAACACUAGCAAUUAGGAUAUGGUUUUUGGUAAAGCUAUUGUGCUUGUCAAAUUAAGCUUGAAUUUUCAUCAUGACUUUCUUUUCCUUUUAUUUCUGAAGUCUAUAGCCCGUAACUUUAAAUUGUUGUUUAAUUUCUGAUAAUCUUUGCAAUUUUUUUUAAAGAGUAUUUACAACUGCCAACCCAAUCCAAAUCUUUCUCUACUUGUUCAUCUGCA